AUGGACUACUAUGAGCUGCUGCAAGUCCCGCGUGGUGCCACCGAGCAGGAGAUCAAGAAGGCUUACCGCAAGCUCGCGAUGAAGUGGCACCCCGACAAGAACAAGAACAAUCUCGUGGAAGCCCAAUACCGUUUUCAAGAGAUCUCGGAAGCUUACGAUGUAUUGAGCGACCCGGAACGCCGAGCCAUCUUCGACCAGUACGGCUACGACGGUCUCAAGAACGGAGUGCCCGACGAAAAUGGCGACAUGCGCGACGGCUACGCGUUCAACGAGCGUGCGUCCGAAGACGUGUUCAACAAAUUCUUCGGUACCAACAAUCCGUUCGGGGACUUCGGCUUCGGGGAUACGCUGCCGUUUGCCAGCUCGCUGCGCAAGAAGGGCCCCGAGAAGGCCGAGCCCAUUGUGCAGGAAGUCGUGUGCACACUGGAAGAGCUCUUCCUGGGAACCUCCAAGUCGGUGGUUGUUGAGCGCAAGCGGUUGCAGAACGACGAGCUGGUGAACGACGCCAAGACUUUCGUGAUAAGGAUCAAGCCUGGCUGGAAGGCCGGCACUAAGAUCACGUUUGACCGCGAGGGCAACGAGACUCGCACCAACGAAGCUGGAGACGUGAUUUUCCAGGUUGCGCAGCAGGAGCACAGUCUGUUCAACCGCGACGGUGCCCAUCUUGUGUUCACGGCCAAGUUGAAGCUUAGCGAGGCACUUGGCGACUACUGUGUGGAGGUGCCAACACUGGACGGCCGCAAGCUGGCGAUUUCGUGCAACGAAGUGGUUAGCCCGAGUUCUGAGAAGGUUGUGAAGAAGGAGGGAAUGCCGAUUUCCAGCCAGCCUGGCGAGCGCGGUGACCUGCGAAUUAAAUUCGACAUUGUCUUCCCACGCCAUCUCACGACACUCCAGAAAACUGCACUGGCGAAGAUCUUAGGCUAA